AUGGAACAAACAAUAGCAUUUUUGAGAGAGGGUGUUACUCAAUGUUCUUGUUGCCAAACAGCUGGGUGUCAAAAGAAGGCAAACCCUGUUGUUGCUAUUGUGGGCCCAGCAAAGUCUUCAACUACCAUAGCUGUACAAAAUCUUCUUCAAGUCUUUCGAAUACCUCAGAUUGGAUAUGCAGCGACCACUACAGAUUUAAGUGAUAAAGAACAAGUUGUGCCUUCCGACGCCUGGCAAGCUAUGGCUAUCAGCCAACUUUUAAUGCAUUUCGGGUGGACUUAUAUUGCUGUUGUUUAUAGUGCUGGAAAUUAUGGCGAGAAGGGAUUUGAAGCAAUGGAGCGCCUUACACACGCCCCGGGUAUUGAUGUUUGUAUAGCACAUGCACAAAAAGUAAAAACUAUGGGAGAGAAUGAAGAAUUUGAGAAUGUACUUCUUGUAUUAAAUGAAUUAAAUCCUCGUCCUAAAGUGGUUGUUUGUUUUUGUGAGGGAAGAAGCUUAAAUAAAUUAUUCCAAGCUCAAAAAGCAUUAAGAAUGGGCAAACGCUCUUCCAUAACUAAUUAUAACAAUACAACAUUUGAUAAAGGGAUAAAACGCAUUGAGGCUUUUCAAUGGAUUGGAAGUGAUGGAUGGGCGGAUAGACUAGAUGUAGUUGAAGGCGUUGAAACUGAGGCUGCCGGAAGCUUUUCUUUCCGUAUUCACUCCCCUCGAGUGGAAAAAUUUGAGCCAUAUUAUUAUUCAUUAGAACCGGCCAAUCAAAGUGUAAAAAAUCCCUGGUUUAGAGAAUUUUGGCAACAAAAAUUUAAAUGUCUUUUAACCGUUCCUAAAGAUGAUACUUUCUCUGAACUUUGUGAUGUUAGUUCUCAGAAUUUAUCUGUUGGAUAUGAGCAGGAUCCAAAACUUAGUCAGGUUAUGAAUGCUAUCCGAGUAGUUGGAUAUGCUUUGCGAGAUAUGUAUAACGAUAAAUGUCAAUCAACAAUUUUAAAACAAAAUAAAUUAAAAACAAAUAUAAACAUUUCCUUUCCCUCAUCUAAUGCUGCUUUAUUUAAUGCUCAUUUUGGUUUACCUUGUCCAGAAAUGGAAACAAUUAAUGGAACUUUGUUAUUUAGAUAUAUGAUGAAUGUUAGUUUUGAAGAUGAAUUUCAACAAGAAAUAUCGUUUGAUGAGAGUGGAGAUCCGCCUGCUUGGUAUGAUAUUCUCAACUAUGUUGGUUAUGAUGGUUUUCGAAAGGCCGGAGAUUGGAAAAAAGGAGUUGCUGGAACUUUUAAAGAAGAAAUGGGUGCUGGCUUUAAAAGUUCUGUUGCACAUAAAUUAAAAAUGAAAAAUAGAGAAUUAAUGUUUUAUGAUAAAACUUCAAAAAUGCCUGAGUUUGUCUGA